GGCAGGAGGCAACCAGUUCUUGUCUAGACAUUGCAGCGAUUGAACGUGUUUUCUCGCUCUAGCUGAUGUUCUGUGCCACAAACGAUGAUUAUGGAAUGUUUCUGAUGUCUUCUACUAAUAUAUCUACAGAUUAAAAUCUUCCAUAUAAUUAUUUAAAUAAUGGAAUUAAAUUUAAUACGUCCGCUAUUCUACUUUGGCUUGUAUUUGGUAUCGCAGUUGACUGGAUGCGCUACCGAAGCUGUUUAUGAUGUUACAUGUUCGCCUAAAAUGAUGAAAGUUACCGUCUACAUCAAUAAUUCGGACACGACAGUGUAUCUAGAAAGGUUGAAAGGUUAUUCAGAUUGUGAACCAGAACUGAGGGAUGGUUACGCAUCUUUUAGACUCCCAUUGGAUAACAUAUACAGCUGUGGAACUACCAAAAUGCUAAAUAAACUCACGGGUCAAAGGAUAUACUAUCACAGAGUCAUAUUAGAGCAUAUGAACAAAGACAAAGAAGUCAUUUUAGUCCGUUGUGUCAUUCCCGGGGAUGCAAACAAAAAUGGAAAAAUUAGAAACGCAAGGAACACAUUACCAGAAGAUUUCUUUGAGCCAACACACGUUAACAUAACAGAUUACAUAGAAGCACACGCAGCGGUACCAUAUUUAAGUCUGACAUUAAAACAGAAUGGUAGAUUUCUAGAUACAACUCUUAACGUGCAACCGGGAACACCCUUAGAGAUGAUGAUUUUUCUCGAUAAGAAAAGUUCAGAAACAUACGGUCUAUUGACGAGUUAUUUAAAAGUGACAGACAAUACACCGGAUCAAGAAGAAAUUAUAAUUAUGAACGGAUGUUCAAUAGAUCCUUACAUAUUUGGUAAUUUCGAAACAAAUGAUAAUGGAAAGACUCUUUCAGCAAAAUUUCGAGCAUUUAAAUUUCCUGAAUCUAAUUAUGUUUUGUUUGUUGGUACAGUCAAUGUUUGUCUACAGCAGUGUAAAGGGGUGCCUUGCGGAAACGAUCAGUUUGGUUAUGGUAGAAAGAAGAGAGAGAUACCAGCGGAACUCCCUCAAGAUCCAAAUCGUGUGUUUGAAGUAGAAAUGACAGCUUUCUUAAAAGUGGAAUAUGAUCCUAAUCAUUUUAGUUUGAAUAAAGGCUCAAUAUUUGGAAAAUAUGACGAUGCGGUAUCCAAUCAUCUGACUCAAACGGAAGAUUCAUCAUCUUCGAUUUCACCAAUUUUAUUUUUGAUUAUCAUUUGCGUGCUGCUCAAUUACUAACUGUCAAACGGUAAAUCACAGACAUGAACUUUAACACAGGCAGGAAACUUUUUUCCUUUUUUGGCCAGGAUUUCGACUGAGCCAGAAGCUUUCGGCUGUGCAAGUCACCAACUAACUGAGACAUGGGCCUAUAUUGUGGUGAAGAAGUGAAUCAGUUUAGUUAUUUCUUUCGGUAACAAAUUCGGAUUUUUGGAAAAACUAUAAAGCAGGAUUAUGACAUCAUUCAAUGCCAAAUUUUAUAUAUCUGGCUACUAGAAAGAUUCUCAUUUGGAUAUAAAGAAAAAAGAAAAAAAAAAUUAUCAUAAAUCGCGCCUUGGAUGAAUUACAAAGUGGUGUUAAACAGGGCAAAUUUUUAAUUUAUCUUGAUUUUAUUUUUUAUUUUUUGUUGUUCGAAUUAAAAAUUUGUAAGUUAUUAUUCACUUCUUUUACAUGUUUUUAUUAUUAAAAUAUAUGGAAUAAAAUUUCUU